UUUCACACACAUUAAAGUGAUCGGUUGCCACAUGGCCGCAGUGUCAUUCUUUCACUCAGCUGGACACAGGUAGAAGGUCUCUGGAUCUCAGGCACAUUCACUCACUGUCAUGAAACCAGUUUGUUAUUACUGGGACCAACAGAUUGUCAUUUCAUAUAUAUUCAGUAUACUCAGAGUGCCGAUUAAGACUAACAGAUAGAUCAGUCCACAUUUUAAAUGUGGCUUAAUUUAGUUGAUUAUCCUAAUAUUUAGAAGGACAGGCUUAAAUUCAAUAUUAAUCAAUUAAUGAUCUAUUUUUUUCUUAUCGAUAACAGAACACAAGUCCAAUCUCAACAUAUUAUUCAUAUUCCUACCUCAGAUUUGUAAAAAUGUUUUUCUCAUUCUCUGCCCUUAAAGUAAAGUUUAAACCCAUCACCUUGACUUAGGAGCCAAAAUCAGCUUUUAAACAUAAAAAAUAAUAACGUGACAUUUAUGGCGAUGAUUAUCGAUGUCACCUGAUAUGAACAGUUUUAUCUUGACAUGAUCUUGGCCAUAAGUCACUGCUUCGUUUCUUGUCACCUGGACCAGCCGGGACCAACCUUAUUUAUUUAUGUAUGAAUCAAAGUCCACUUUCCGUGUCACGACUUCCAUACGUAUCAGUUAUGAGCCCAUAGGAGAACAGUUUUCUUCGUGUUUCCCUCUUUUUCAGGAGCAGGAAGGGACUUGUUAUUUUAAUAUGGAAAAGAUAAGAAAAGAGGAACAAGUUUACAAAAAAAUUUGUUAUCUGUUCGUUUGUUAUCUUUCCUCCAGUGUUAAUUCAUUUGGAAACCCUCAGGCUGGAAACCAGGGACCGACACUGCUGUAAUUCCCUUUUAAAGUCGUAUCAGCUAAUAUUCAUUGUUCCCACUUCCCUUAUUCAAGCUUUCUCUUUCACUAAACAUGAGAGACCACAUUAAUCGUGGGCUUGACACUCUAUAUCAAUUGGUCAAGUGGUUCAACCGAUUCUUGUCACUUGUUUCCUGUUGGACUCUGAAGUCCUCUGACCAAACCUGUUUGGUGUUCCACUUUCUUGGUCUGUGGUCGCCAACCUGAUAGUUCUGAUCCUGUAGCUCUAAAAAUAAUAUCUGACUGGUCAUGAGAUGAUUAAUGAGAAACAAUCAAGGCAAAUUACGAUAAUUAAAUCAUGUUUAUUUUUCAGAUGUUUCUAUAUGAAUCAUCUAAGGAUAUAAGUCAGUGAAUUGCAUGUUGGGUAGUGAAUAGACGUUGCUGUGUCUUAAGGCAGAGAGGUUAUGGUCCGGCCUCCCUCUCAAAGGAAACUUCAGCUUUUGCCUCAGAGGCCAUUUUAAGGCUUUCACAUUCAGACCUGGACAACAUCCUGCAUUGUUAUUUGUUCCUAUACAGCUGAUCUUUAACUUAAAGCUUGAAAAUUGAGCUGCACUUGAUUUGUCUCCUGCUGGCAAAAUAUAAAUAUGAAAGUAACAAAAGUUUGAUCCAUUGUUCCCUGUUUAAAACUGAUUUACAACUUGUGAUCCGUCCCGAGCUAUUGUAUUGAAAGGUGUGACAUGCAGCCCAGGCUCGUGUUCAACAUCAGCUGAGGAAAUGCCAGCUCUGAUCUUCAGUUUUGCUGUUGUUAAAUGAGGUAUUCGAGCAGAAGGUUGAAGGGAACUGAACUAAGGGAAAGUUCUCCCAUAGCUUCCUGUUUUCCUUUGUACUUCGUAGCGAUGGGCAAGUGUUCCAGUGUUUGGUCUGAGGUUAUGUUUCCUGUGUGGACAAGGAAGAGAAGAGCCACUGCACGCCACCCUCUGGGAGUCCCCUGUCAUAAGCACAGGGAGGUGACACAGUAAAUGCAGAAGCAAUCCCCAUAGAGGUGCUGAGACAGAGGGAGGCAAAAUGGCUGGAUAUGCUGAACAACUGGGACAAGUGGAUGGCCAAAAAACACAGGAAGGUGAAAGAGCGCUGUCAAAAGGGGAUCCCUCCAUCGCUGCGUGGCCGGGCCUGGCUCUACCUCACUGGGGCGAAGGUGAAAAGGGAGCAAAACCAAGGCAGAUUCCAGGAACUUGACGAUCAGUCAGGAGAUCCUAAAUGGGUGGACAUCAUCGAGAGGGACCUCCAUCGACAGUUUCCCUUCCACGAAAUGUUUAAAGCAAGAGGAGGUCAUGGGCAGCAGGACCUGCUCCGGGUUCUGAAGGCUUACACUUUGCAUCGUCCUGAUGAGGGUUAUUGUCAGGCCCAGGCUCCCAUAGCGGCUGUUCUCCUGAUGCAUAUGCCGGCUGAGGAUGCAUUCUGGGUUCUUGUCCAGAUGUGUGAAAAGUACCUUCCAGGAUACUACAGUACAGGGCUGGAGGCGAUCCAGCUGGACGGGGAGAUCCUGUAUGCUCUGCUGCGGCGGGUGUCUCCUGCGGCCCACGGUCACCUGAAGAAGCACAAGCUGGAGCCCAUCCUGUGCAUGACCGAGUGGUUCAUGUGCGCAUUCUCUCGCACUCUGCCGUGGGCCUCGGUGCUGCGGGUCUGGGACAUGUUGCUAUUUGAGGGAGUGAAGAUCGUGUUCAAGGUGGGCCUGGUUCUCCUGAAAUGCAUGCUGGGAUCCCAGGAGAAGCUGAAGUCCUGUCAAGGUCUCUAUGAAACAAUGGAGCUGCUCCGAGCCAUACAGCCGCAGUACAUGCAAGAAAGGUUCCUGGUGCACGAGAUUAUAGAGCUAUCGGUGUCUGAGAAAGACAUCGAGAGGGAGCACCACGCUCAGCUGCGGCGUUGGAAGGAGAGUCACGGAGAUCUACACUGCAAGUCCCCUCCCAGGAUGCACGGGGCCAAGGCCAUCAUGACUGCCGAGCCACCGAGCCGGCAGGACCUGAGACAGAGGCCCACGAUCAUCGUUGAGUCUCCGCUGGCGCCCACUGCAGACAAGGGGCAGGCCCAGGACGCAAAGGGAAGAAGAAAGGCUAACAGGGAACAGCAGAAAAAAACGAUCCCAGCGCCAGAGGAGACGCAUAAUCCAUAUCCUCCUCCCAGUGACCCCUCACCUCUGCUCAAACACUUGACCUUACAAGAGUCCAAAGAGAGUCUGAGCAGCGCAGAGCAUGACACUUACCUGUAGCAGGGUAAGUUUCACACCAGUUUACAUACACAAACCAUUCCAUAUAGCCUUCACUGACUCAGCAGCUUUCAGGCAUAGAGACAUGACAAACCUCCAUCUCUUAGUGUGAGAACAUUUACAUUUUACACUCAUUACACUCCAAGAAAAGUUUUGAAUUUAAAGGGUUUUUUGAACGGUUGUAAACGUAAAGAAAUUACAUUUUCAAAUAUGACAAACAAUGCUUUAAUAAAGGUUGAUAUUUACUUUAGUAGUACAGUCAUAGCUGUAUAUUUUAAAACCCAGUGGCACUCAAGACAGCAUGAGUGCCAGGGAGCAACAGCAGGUGGCGACUGUGUGCACUUUUCAACACGUCUGUGAGGUUUAACUGAGUGGGAAUAUCAGCAUCAUAUGACUGAACAUGUAGGAUUACACUCAGAAUCUCCCCCCAUUAAAAGCUACUGCUGCUAAUUCCUCCUCAAAGUAAAGCUCUGAUUAUCUCCUGUGACAUAAAUGAAGUCUGAUUUAGUCUUUCCUGGAGCACUUUGCCUUUCGAGUCUUCCUCCUUGCCUGUGUUAGUCGCUAAAUUGCCAACACAGAGAUUCAUAUUCAUCCGGCUUUGCCAGACGCUGUCGCUUUUCACUAAUUUGCAGAUGCAAAGUUUAAGAGCGCGUCUGUUUUGCACAGUCUGGUGACUGUUCUGAUGCAUCUGUGAGUUUGAAGACUUGAGGGUGCUGUGACAUUAGCUCUGAUGCCACAGCGGCGACCAGCAGAAAUCGAAUGAGAAGAAGAACUGUUGAAAAGCGGAGUGACUCUCAAAUGAAGGGGGAAAAAAGUGUGCAGGGAUAUUUUAUGCCACUAAGCCAAAGAUUUUUAUUGCAUAUCUUUCUAAAUGUAUAUUUUCUAAACAGUUUAUUCAAUUAUAUUGUCGUACAGUAUUUAAUUUUGUCAAUUUGGGAGAGCUCAUAGGUUUAUAUUUAUGUUGUGAAUGAGCUAUGUUGAAGAACGCUAAGACAGAGCUGUUUUGUACAAUCUUGUAAAAGGGUUAGCGUAUUUUUAUAAUUAGAUUUAUCUGACGAUAUAUGAUGGUAUGGGGAGAUUGUUUAUUUUGCCGCGGUCUGAGAAUCUAAACUUUUUAAUGCUCAAAAAGUUCUAUAUUUUCCAUACUUUUACUUUUAGUCCUAAAACCACCAAGAAUUCCACAUUUUUCAACAAUUGAAAAAAUCUGCAACCUAAAUAUCUCAAAUAUUUAAAGUAUUUUAAAAAUCCUAAGCUAUAGUUGAUUUACAGACUCGGUUAUGUGAUAUUCAUGCCUCAAUAUGAUUUGUUGGAUUUUUCUCUGCACUUUCAUGCAAAGGGCUUUUGUGAAGACGUCACCGAGCCAUACACUUUGAUUUAAUAACCAAAUGAAGAAAUGGUUUGAGAGGAAGUGGAUGCAUAUGCACUCAGAAGUUAAUAAUUUGUUUCCUGGAAAUUCAGUUGUCAAAAUCUUUAUGAGUAAUGAAAAAUGGUUAUGUGUUGAUUUGAAAAAUAUUUUGUUUAUAAAUAAAAAUAUAUGCUACGGGUUUAUUUUUGGGUGGUUUAGGAAGCACUGUUUUUCUACAAUGUUUUCUGAAGCUUUUGAUAUUUAGAUUUAAAACAUUUAGUUCUUUAAACAACAUGCACUCUUAAGAGUUUUUACUCCGCAUUUUCUGCUCUGUCAUGUAGAUGGUGCCACUGAGCUUCAUCCAGAGAUUAUUAUAAAACUGUUGAGUUACUAUGAAGGAUACACAGAUGUGCUUUGCCAUCCAAAACCUUAGAUUUUCUUGGUAAGAUUUUGUAUUAAAGUAUAACACUGAUUUAGCUAGGGGCUCGUACAUUUGAAAUUUCUGCUGUUUUAAUCAGUAUAUAGGACUUUUUUUCUGUGAUUUGAUAUUAUUUUGUACCAAAUUACAUUUAAAUCAAUAAAUGAAUGAAUACA